UAGAGCAUAGAUCUAUUCGUAACUUCAAGCGCUUGAAGCAAAGCUCAAUUUGGUCUCUUUUCAUAUGCUCUAGUAUAGUUCUAUUCAGUUUUGACAGUUCUCACAGCAAAGCAAGUAAAGCCAGCCAGCAUUGGGUCUGGACCUUAACAUGUGUGGAAAAACGUAUAAGACCAGUGGCAAUACCACUAACUUAUCUACACAUCUUAAAAAUAAGCAUUACCAUGCGUUUUUGCAAUUGAAAAAUAAAAACGCAAGGUCAAGAACAAGUUCACCCGUUACAUUUACUAAUUCAAUUACUGAUAAACCUGCUGAGGUAGAAAAUAACCUCAUGGAAUCUGCGAUCUACGAUGAUACUGGUACUGAAUUCUCUAAAGAUAGUCAGAGUAAAGACUUGUGGAAACAGACUACAAUCAUAGAUGUGUUUGAAAGAAGUUCAGGCUAUGAAGCAGAGGGUCAUAAAACAAGCCAAAUAAAUCAAGUUUUGGUCUACAUGAUAUGCAAAGACAACAUGCCUCUAUAUUGUGUGGAAAAACCAGGAUUGAAAAGAUUGAUGAGCGUCAUUUGUCCACGCUACAAGGUUCCAUCACGAACUACAAUAACUGGCUUAAUGGAACAACGAUAUGCCACUACCAAAGCCAUUGUAAAAAAAAAAUUAAGUGAGAUAAAUAAUAUUGCUUUAACAAGUGAUAUAUUAACUCUCAUCAACUCGACACGAAGUUUCAUCGUAGUAACAGCGCAUUUUCUUAACACAGCAAAUAACUGCACUCCUGAAUCUGAACAUGAGAUGGUGACAUUGACAGCACGAAGAAUGUAUCAGGCACACACUGCUGAUUAUAUAAAAGAAUGCUUUGAAAAUAUUACCGACGAGUUUUCAAUAGAAAAGGAUUGCAUCUUAUCAAUUACUACUGAUGGUGGUGCUAACAUGGUUGCUGCAGUGAAGAAAUUUUUGGAAAAUGGAAAAAGAAUUCCUUGCUUGGCACAUUUGCUAAAUUUAAUCGUGGAUCGCGCAACAAGAGAUAAUGCACCAGUUCUUCAAAUUGCCAAUCGUGUCAAAGCCAUUGUAACAUAUUUUAAACAAUCUGUAAACGCUAUGGAUGAUUUGCGAGCAGAACAAGAGGGACAAAAGAAAGAGGGAGAAGUAUUAACACUUAUACAAUCAGUAAGCACAAGGUGGAAUUCUUGUCUUGAUAUGUUGGAAAGAUUCAGUACUUCAGUACUCAGCUAUUGUGGCAAAGAUUUUGGCAACCAGGCGGAACGCACCUGAUAUGAUAACUUCUUCAGAGUUAGAUGUCAUACGAGAUCUGAUAAUAUUGCUUACCCCAUUAAAGCAAGCUACUGAAGAAAUUAGCGGCGAUCAGUACGUGACUUCAAGUCCAUUGCAAACUUGCUCCAGAAAGGCCUUGAACAAGUAAAACCUUUCACCGAAUUUGGUAUUGCUGUUCAGAAGAGUUUGCUAAAUUUAGUUAUUGCCAAACUAGAACCACUAGAGCGACAUUUACAUCUGGCCAAGCAACAAUAUUAGACCCACGCUUUAAGCGUAUUCAUUUUAGUUCAGCGCUAGCUGUUUCCACUGCAAUAACCGCAUUGUCAAAAGAAAUACGUUUAGAACAUGGACGAAGAGGACAACUUUCGCCUGAACUCAGACCCACUCCCACUACCAUAAUUCCAAAUUCAGAAAAUUCUUCGCCGUCGUUGUGGUGCGGACAUGAAAAAAUUGUGAUUGAUAUUGCUGCAGCUUCAGUAAACUCUUUACUUUCAACUUCAACGAGUGAUGGUAUGCCUAGCGAACUAAAGCAAUAUCUAGAUCAGCAUAUAAUACCCAGAAAAAAGAAUCCUACAAAAUUCUGGUUUGAUUGUCGUCAUUUUACCCCAGUCCUUUCCGACAUAGCUCUAAAGUAUUUGAUAUCGCCUGCGUCCUCGGUUUCCUCAGAGAGAGUGGCAUCUGCUGUGAAUCUCGCAGUACCCAAUAACAGAAGUCGGCUUACAACCGAGCACGUAAAUCAAAGAGUUUUUCUUAUGUCUGUAUCAGAUAAAUAUUGGUUUCAUUAAUAAAUAAUUAAUAUUUUAA